GUCAGCCCGGAAGUGACGUAGACGUGAGUGACAGCUCUCACAGCAGUAGAGUCGGACAGUAGAAAACAGUUGAGAAAAUCCGCUCCCAUCUUCAUGAUUUGGACGGUACCGACAACUCACCAGGACAGAACAUCAACUACACCUUUUACUCUAGCAGCCGGUUCUGAUAUUUCAGAUGUUCGGAGUUCACGGAGACAGAAAAGUGAUGGUGACAUUCAGACUGUUGGGAACCGGGACUGAGACGGAGGCGGUGUGAAACCAGCGGCUAGACCCACUUACAGAACCCGGAUCAUCUCCAGUCCCUCCGCAGGAAAACUCAGGACUAACACCGGCUGGAAGAACAGGAGUUGGCGGAGAAAUGGAGCUGAGGGUUGGGAACCGGUACAGACUGGGCAGGAAGAUCGGAAGUGGAUCUUUUGGAGACAUUUAUUUAGGAACGGAUAUUUCCGUGGGAGAAGAAGUAGCAAUAAAACUGGAAUGUGUGAAGACCAAACAUCCACAGCUCCACAUCGAGAGCAAGAUCUACAAGAUGAUGCAGGGAGGAGUGGGGAUUCCUACUAUAAAGUGGUGUGGAGCAGAAGGAGACUACAACGUGAUGGUGAUGGAGCUUCUUGGGCCGAGCCUAGAAGAUCUCUUCAACUUUUGUUCCCGCAAGUUUAGCCUGAAGACGGUCCUGCUGCUGGCUGACCAGAUGAUCAGUCGUAUCGAGUACAUCCACUCCAAGAACUUCAUCCACAGAGACGUGAAGCCCGACAACUUCCUGAUGGGACUGGGGAAGAAAGGGAACCUGGUCUACAUCAUCGACUUUGGUCUGGCUAAGAAGUACCGCGACGCUCGAACGCACCAGCACAUCCCUUACCGCGAGAACAAGAACCUGACCGGCACGGCCCGCUACGCCUCCAUCAACACACACCUUGGAAUCGAGCAGUCGAGGCGUGACGACCUGGAGUCUUUAGGAUACGUCCUCAUGUACUUUAAUCUGGGCUCGCUGCCGUGGCAGGGCCUGAAGGCGGCGACCAAGAGGCAGAAGUAUGAACGGAUCAGUGAGAAGAAGAUGUCCACCCCCAUCGAGGUGCUGUGUAAAGGUUACCCCUCGGAGUUCGCCACCUACCUGAACUUCUGCCGCUCUCUGCGUUUCGACGACAAACCGGAUUAUUCGUACCUGCGGCAGCUCUUCAGGAACCUGUUCCACCGCCAGGGCUUCUCCUACGACUACGUGUUCGACUGGAACAUGCUGAAGUUUGGAGCAAACCGUGCAGCAGAAGAUCCAGAGAAGGACCGCCGGGACCGCGAGGACCGGCUGAGGCAAGGCAGGAACCCGGCAGCCAGAGGAGGACUAGCAGCAUCAGGACGAGCACGGGGGGGCCAGGAUGGAGCUCCGCCCACUCCGCUAACACCCACCUCACACACAGCGAACACGUCUCCCCGGCAGGCGUCUGGUUUGGACCGCGAGAGGAAGGUUAGCAUGCGUCUUCAUCGAGGCGCUCCGGUUAACUUGUCGUCAUCUGAUUUAACGGGACGUCAGGACGCCUCCCAUAUGUCCACCUCGCAGAACAGCAUCCCGUAUGAGCAUCACGCCAAGUAGACGUGGUCCGGACUGAUGGCGGCAUCACUGGGAGUCUGGCCUUCAUCUCUUCUCCAUGAAGGCCAUGUUAACUGUGGACCAGUCUGAUGUGAAGAAGGCUUUCGUUUGUCAGCUGAUGUCUGACUCCACCCGCUGACGGUGCUGCCGCCUCCUACAGAAUCACUGACCAUAAGUUUGUGUUGGUCCGAGCUGUAAAAACUGAAGAUUGUUGGACUUUGCUUCUCUUUACAGUUGAUAUUUGCCCAGCCUGUCUUUAUAAUGCUGAUGCUGCAUCUGGCUCUUCCUUCAUCAUGGAUGACCUCACAGCAUCCUCAUCAGCUGCUGUCUCCUCUCUGAUGUUUAACCGAGUCAGAGUCUUUUUAUCUCAGUUCAUCUGUGAACAUUUUUCCACAUUUGAUUCCCUUCUCUUCAUUGUUUUUACGCGUUAACAUCUGCACGCAUUGUUGGAGGGAAGCUGGUUUUUUUUUACUUAUCCAUCUCCUGGUUACAUGUUAGACUUUCAGGUUCUGCUGUGUUGUGUUCAGGCAGAUUUUACCCAGAAAUCAUUCACUCUGCACCUUGUUUUACUUUCAAUCUUGUGUAUAAACAUGUCAAUGUUUUCUUUCUUCAACUUCCCUGAAUUUAGAAUUCAGUGUCCUCAUUCGGACAAUGGACAGAAUAUGUUACAGCAGAACAGAUCUCGCAGCGUUGGACUGGAUUAAGACGGCAGGAGGUCUGCAGGACAUCUAUAGGACAC